GAAGUACUAUACCUUAACACUGCUCUUAGAAUUACAAUCUACAGUUCGUGUUCAAUAGCCGACCGUGCAACACGUGUUCUUAUCGCACUAUACGUUUUAUAGCUUUUCGAUAACACAGAAAACACGUCGACAUUCGGAAAGGUGUAUACUGAUUUCUAGUCUUGGCCCAAGUACGAUGUCUUUAAAUAACGAACAAUUUAUAAACCAAUCUACUCCAAUUAAUUUACCAUUACGAGGAAAAUACAAAAAGAGUUUUGGAUAUGUUUCAAUGUGUGAAAGAAUGCCAAAAUUAUUUACACAAAUAAUUAAUUAUUUAAAAAUACAACCUUUGGAAUCGAAUGAGCAACAAGAAAUGGAAAAUGUUAUAGAAGAAAUUAAGUUAUUGGUUGAUGAAAUUAUUAGUAACAAACCUCUUCGAAAAAUCAAUGCAACAUUUAAAUUAGCACUUGUAUGGAAUCAAAUUUUGGAUGAAAAACUUGCAAGUGAUUCCAUAGUUUCAUGGUUCGAUUCAGAAUGGCUGUUCACUGAAAACUAUAUGUAUAUACGAAUAAAAGAAGCGUUUGCUAAAACAUCGUCUUUGCAGAACUACGAUCCAUUUGAGUGCCUUAAGUCUAAUGCUUAUAAUGAAUCAGAAUUGUCUAUGAUAUCUUUAGCUGAAUUUAUUUUAUUAAAGUUAUCUAAUAAAGAAUUAGACACAGACGGAAUUUAUAUACUUUUUAAACAAAUACUUAAGAUAUCUUUAUGGGGAAACAGAUGUGAUCUUUCGCUUAGCGCUGGCAAAUCAAUGGCUGUAUCUGAAGAUCCAUCAAAGGCUAUUGUGUCGUUGGAUAAAUAUUUAUUAGCUGAUCAUUCCAAUGACAUUUGGAACUUAAUGCAACAGAUAAGUUGCCAAAAACCUAAGAAAAUUGAUAUUAUUAUGGAUAAUUCAGCAUAUGAGCUCUUUACGGAUUUGUGUUUAGCCGAUUUUCUUUUGACAUUUGAGUUGGCCGACGUUAUAGUUUUCCACGGAAAAUCCAUUCCUUGGUAUGUAUCAGAUGUCACUAAAUUGGAUUUUGAAGGAAUAUUGGACCAUUUAGAAAAUAAAAGUACACAUAGUGCUCUUAAAAAACUUGGAAAAAAAUGGAGUGAAUAUUACAAGAAUGGAAAAUUUAUACUGAAGUGUGAAGACUUCUGGACAUUGCCCUAUCCAUAUUCUAAAAUAGCCUUAAAAGAUUAUGAUCUAUAUACAAAUUUGGCUGAUUCUCAGUUAUUGAUAUUCAAAGGCGAUCUAAACUAUCGAAAGCUGAUUGGCGAUAUCAAUUGGAUACCAACGACCGAUUUUAAACAAGCGUUAUGUGGAUUCUUGCCGACGGCGGUUGUUGCAUUGCGAACAUUAAAGUGCGACUGUAUCAGUGGGCUUCCUUUGGACUAUGAAACAAAAAUCGAGCAGGUGGAUGAAAAUAAUUGGCUAACUACUGGAAAAUAUGGUGUAAUACAGUGUGCCAAAUAGAAUUAUUUUGUGAUAUUGCGGUUAAUUUUAUUUACGUUUUGUUAUUUCUAUAUAUUUAUUUUUUUUUUGGCUAUAUAUUAUAAAACAAUGUAAUGCAUUUAUUUUAUUGUUAAAAUAUGUAUUAUAUUAUUAUAGAAUGUGAUAUAUAAUAAUUUGAGAACAAUAGUAAAAGUAGAUGAGAAAUAUUGAUAAUAA